AUGGAGGCCGAUAAUUGUGAUGAUCAGUUGCUGUCUAAUUUGCCUCAGUCAUCAUUUAGCAGCUCAUCAGAGCUGUCUAGCAGUCACAGCCCUGGAUUUGCAAAGCUUAAUCGAAGAGAAGGUGCUGGUGGUUGGUCUCCACUUGUGUCUAAUAAAUAUCAAUGGCUUCAGAUUGACCUUGGUGAAAGAACUGAGAUAACUGCUGUUGCUACUCAAGGUGGUUAUGGGAGCUCUGACUGGGUAACAAACUACCUUCUAAUGUUCAGUGAUAGUGGACGAAACUGGAAACAAUAUCGUCAAGAAGAAAGCAUUUGGGCCAUUUCUGGAAACACAAAUGCAGACAGUGUUGUAUAUUAUAAGCUUCAGCAUUCCAUUAAAGCAAGAUUUCUCCGCUUUGUGCCCUUGGACUGGAAUCCCAAUGGAAGAAUUGGCAUGCGCAUUGAAGUGUACGGAUGCACAUACAAGUCCGAAGUGAUCGGUUUUGAUGGGAAAAGCUGCCUAAUUUACACAUUUAAACAGGAGCCUAUGUCUGCAUUGAAAGAUGUGAUUUCUCUGAAGUUUAAAGCAAUACAAAGUGAUGGAAUUCUCCUCCACAAAGAAGGAAAGAAUGGAGAUCACAUAAUCCUGGAAUUAGUUAAAGGAACGCUAUCCCUACUCAUUAACUUAGGUGACUAUAAAACUCAUUCUUCUAGUACCCAAAUUAAUAUUUCCCUGGGCAGUCUUCUGGAUGAUCAACACUGGCACUCUGUUCUCAUUGAGCGCUUUAACAAUCAAGUAAACUUUACAGUGGAUAAACACACUCAUCAUUUUCAUGCUAAGGAAGUAUUCAGUUAUUUGGACCUUGACUAUGAGCUCAGCUUUGGAGGGAUCCCAGUGUCUGAGAAAUCAGGAUCACGGAGAAACUUUCAUGGGUGUUUUGAAAAUAUAUACUAUAAUGGAGUGAAUGUCAUUGACCUGGCCAGAAGGCGUAAAUCUCAAAUCUCCUUUGUGGGCAACAUGUCCUUCUUGUGUUUAGAGCCAAAGGUGGUUCCAGUUACAUUUCUCAGCUCCAGAAGUUACCUGGCUCUGCCUGGAAUUUCUGGGCAAGAAGAACUAGCUAUAAGUUUCCAGUUUCGCACCUGGAACAGUGAAGGAGUUCUCGUAUUUAGUAAAGUGAAAGAAGCUUCAGGUGGUUUCUUCAUUUAUCUGAGUGAUGGGAAAGUUAAAAUCAGUAUUCAUAAGCCAGGAAAACCACUGACCGACAUUACUGCAGGUAUUGGAUUAAAUAAUGGCCAGUGGCAUUCUGUAUCCUUCUCUGCCAAAAGAAAUCGUAUCAGUUUAAUAGUGGACAAUGAUAUGUUCUCAUCGGCUCAUGCCUCCAUACCUCUACAGAUUUAUUCAGGAAAUACAUUAUACUUUGGAGGCUGCCCUAACCUUGGAAACAAUUUGGAAUGUAAAAGUUCCUUUGGUGGCUUUCAAGGAUGUAUGCAACUCAUUUCUAUUGGUAAUGAAGCAGUGGAUAUGAUCUCGGUUCAGCAAAAUAUUUUUGGCAAUUUCAGUGACCUUCAGAUAGAUUUAUGUGGCAUUAUGGACAGGUGCUUGCCUAACUAUUGUGAACAUGGUGGUGAGUGUUCACAGUCAUGGAACAACUUCUACUGUAACUGUAACAAUACUGGUUACAAAGGAGCAACUUGCCAUUAUCCCAUCUACGAAAAAUCAUGUGAAGCCUAUAAACACAAAGGGAACAAUUCUGGCUUUUACAAUAUAGAUUCAGACGGAAGUGGCCCUUUGGGACCGUUUCUUGUGUAUUGCAAUAUGACAGAUACAACGUGGACAAUAAUACAACACAACAACACCAACUUAACCAGAAUCAGAAGUGCUAAUCGAGAGAAUCCUCAUGCUGCAUUUUUCAAGUACUCCGCCAGCCCAAACCAGCUUCAGGCUAUAAUUAACCAUGCAGAACACUGUGAACAGGAGAUAUCUUACCACUGCAAAAAGUCAAGGCUUUUAGAUAAGCCAGAUGGGUUGCCGCUGAGCUGGUGGAUCGGAAGGACCAAUGAAAUACAGACUUACUGGGGAGGUUCUUUGCCUGCUGUUCAGAAAUGCGCUUGUGGCUUGGAAGGGAGAUGCAUUGAUUCCCAGCAUUAUUGCAACUGCAAUGCCGACAGAAAUGAAUGGACUAGUGAUACUGGAUUGCUUUCCUACAAGGAGCAUCUACCAGUAACUGAAAUUGUGAUCACAGACACUGACAGACCAAAUUCUGAAGCAGCUUUCAGACUGGGGCCUUUACUUUGUCGUGGUGACAGAGCAUUUUGGAAUUCAGCAUCCUUCAAUACAGAAAUGUCCUAUCUGCAUUUCCCUACUUUCCAUGGAGAAUUCAGCGCGGAUGUAUCGUUUUUCUUUAAAACUACUGCUUCCUCUGGAAUGUUUUUAGAAAACCUGGGAAUUCAAGACUUCAUAAGGAUAGAAUUGUAUUCUCCAUAUGAAGUGAUUUUUUCAUUCGAUGUUGGAAAUGGACCUAAUGAAGUUAAAGUGCAGUCACUCACUUUCUUGAAUGACAACCAGUGGCAUUAUGUGAAAGCUGAAAGAAACAUCAAAGAGGCAUCCUUACAAGUAGAUCAGAUUCCUCAAAAGUCUCAUGCUGCUCCACCUGAUGGGCAUUUUCGUCUGCAACUCAACAGCCAGCUUUUUGUAGGUGGAACAGCAUCCCGGCAGAAAGGAUUCUUGGGAUGUAUUCGAUCAUUACAGCUAAAUGGAAUAGCCCUUGACCUGGAAGAGAGAGCUAAGAUAACACCAGGAGUUGAACCAGGGUGUCCUGGACAUUGUAGCAGCUAUGGUAACUUGUGUCACAAUGGUGGAAAAUGCACAGAGAAGUACAGUGGAUUCAGUUGUGACUGCACUUUCUCUGCCUAUGCUGGGCCAUUUUGUAAGAAAGAGAUCUCUGCUUAUUUUGGGACUGGCACUUCUGUGAUAUACAGUUUUCAAGAAUACUACACCUUUGAUAAAAAUUCCAGUUCUCACGCUUCUUCUUUCUAUGCUGAUAUGACUCUGAACAGGGAAGUAAUUACAUUUGCCUUCCGAACAACACGGACACCAAGCUUAUUGCUUUAUGUCAGCUCCUUCUACAAGGAAUAUCUCUCCGUCAUUUUAUCCAGAAAUGGAAGUUUACAGAUCAGAUACAAGCUAGACAGUCAUCAAGAUCCUGAUGUCUGCAGCAUCAACUUCAAAAGUAUGGCUGAUGGACAACUACAACAUGUGAGGAUUGACAGAGAAAAGGAAAUACUCUUUGUAGAGGUUAACCAGAAUGAAAGAAUGAAAUUUAUUCUGUCUUCAGGCACAGAGUUCAAUGCAAUCAGAUCUCUCAUACUCGGCAAGAUCUUAGAAAACAGUGAUGCAGAUGAGGAAACUAUGAAAGCAAACUCCCAGGGUUUUAUUGGAUGUCUCUCUUCAGUGCAGUUCAACCAUAUUUCUCCUUUGAAGGCUGCACUACAACACCGAAGCGCAGCCCCCAUCACUGUUAAGGGGCGUAUCAUUGAAUCCAACUGUGGCUCUUUAACUGGGCUUGACUCAACAUUAAGCGAAACAACCCAUUCAUUUGCAGAUCAUUUUGGACCAACAGAUCAGAGAGAGCCCUUUACUCGUGCAAUCAGAAGUGACUCUGCAAUUGUUGGAGGUGUGAUAGCAGCUGUGAUAUUCAUCCUAUUUUGUAUGUCUGCCACAGUCAUAUGCAUUUACAGAAAAAAGAGCAGUUAUUCAAAAAACGAGAAAAAAGGAUCUGAAAAUGAAGAAUGUGCUGAAUCUACACUGAAAAGUGAGCUCAGCAUUCAAAACACAGCCAAGGAAAAUAAAAAAGAAUACUUCUUCUGA